AUGUCCGCCGACAACACAUUCCACUACGCCUUGAGCUCCAACAAUGCUUGGGCUGGUUACAAGGCCCAUCAGAAUCCCCAGUUCUUCCCCAAGCUAGCUGGCGGCCAGUCUCCGGAAAUCCUCUGGAUUGGUUGCUCCGACUCUCGCUGCCCCGAGACCACUAUUCUGGGCAUGCAACCCGGUGAUGUCUUUGUCCACCGCAACAUUGCCAACAUCAUCUCCCCCACCGACAUCAACACUACGGCUGUGAUUGAGUACGCCGUCGCCAACCUCAAGGUCAAGCACGUUGUUCUCUGUGGCCACUCAGCGUGUGGUGGAGCGGCCGCUGCCCUUUCCGACGCCCGGGUCGGUGGCGUUCUCGACACCUGGCUGCUCCCUCUCAAGACGGUCCGCUUCAACCACGCCGAGGAGCUCGAGGCCAUCACAGACGAAAAGGAGCGUAUCAUGCGCAUCGCCCAGCUCAACGUGGAGGCGGGCAUCAAGGUGCUCAUGAACAACGCCACGAUUCGGGAAGCCAUCGCAGAGCGUGGGCUCGAGGUCCAUGGUGUGUUCUUUGAUAUCAGCUGCGGACGCAUCAAGGAGCUCGGGUGCGGCACGGCUCACGCGGGAAAGGGCGACCAUGUUGUUAGGGGCAAGCAUGGUCAGCUUGUGUUUGGACAGGAUGGCGAGGCUGCGAUUGCUGCUGCGCAGUAAAGUACACCGAACUCAACAAGAACAAGCACAAGGUUGAGGUUCAUGUUGAGAUUGCGGGGAAAGAUUUACACUACACUAGCGAGUUCGCCAACGGGCGACCAAGAGACGGGUUGCAACGGUGUAACGGUGCCUUUUCUGGGGGGAUUUGGCUUGGUAGACUUGGCAGGUCGCGCGGGAUGUCUUGGCGAUCUAUCGGGUGUUGAGCAAGCCGGGCAAAGGGCAUUGACGUGUUCGGCAACGAGAUGUUUUGCAUUUUUGGGUCAUUUGGGCAUGGAUUAUCAUGCUGUUGGAGAAAUUACAUGGAUGGAGGGACUUGGAAGAAGGCUGGAGCAGCAGUAAGCAGCACAAGAUCCUGACAGUCCGUGCUUUUCUCACUAUGGUUUACAUCCUUAUCACGGACUUUUCUACGGAGAAGCAUGUCAUCAUUGCAAGGAGUUGAGAGUUGAGUUGGUUUUUUGGGAUAUACAGAAUACAUGGUUCAUAUUUACCAGUGUUCGAAAUUCAUGAUCUUCCUAACU